AUGAAAAGAUCUAUUGCCAUUGCCAAUUGCUCGGGAUGUAACUGGGACCAAGGGUCUCAGAUGGCCAAGCAGAUCACAGAGGGCCACAUUGACGCGGUUUAUGGCGACUACUUGGCGGAGAUGAACUUAUCCGACAACGCUAGAGCCUAUAGGACCGGGGCCCAUCUCGGGUGGGAAAAGACUGCCGAAGAUGGGAUUCUCUUGUCGUUACCUUUGAUCGAUGAGAUCCAAAAGAAGGAACAAAGAACCAUCAAAAUCAUCGUCAACGGUGGAGCCCUUAACCCCCGUGGACUUGCCGAGUUGGUGGCCAAAGAAGUUGCGGCCAACAAUUAUAAUUUGAAAGUAGCGUACGUUUCUGGAGAUGAGCUCAUUGAUCGUGCUCCAGAAUUGUUGAAAAGAGACUUAGAGCAUUUGGACUCCGUGAAUUCCAACAUCCGGUACGAUCCAGCGGUAUCCAAGUUCUCAGAAAAAUUGCACAAUGACGUUGAAGAUUUACAGAUCGUCAGUUGCAAUGCCUACUUGGGGGGUCGGGCCAUUCUUAAAGGCCUUGAAAACGGCGCCGAUAUCAUCAUUUGUGGCCGGAUCAGUGAUACUUCACCAGUGGUGGCGUUGGCGUCGUGGUGGCAUGGCUGGUCGGCCACCAGCUACGAUCAGUUGGCAGGAGCCCUUAUGGCCGGCCACUUAACCGAAUGCUCUGCUUAUUCUUGCGGGGCUAACUUCUCUGAUUUUUGGAGAUAUCCCGUCGAUGACCUAAUGGACCUUGGGUUCCCAAUUGCCGAGAUCUCUAAUGAUGGGACGUUUGUGGUCACCAAGCACCCAUCACUCAAUGGGAUUGUUAAUAUCGAUACUGUUAGGACCCAAUUUCUCUAUGAAUUACAAGGUACGGAAUUCUUGCAUUCGGACGUCAAAGUGGUGCUUGACAACGUGAUGGUAGAAUCAGUAGGGCUUCACAGAGUGAAGUUCUCAGGAAUCACUGGGGCCCCUCCACCAAGUACCACCAAGCUCGCGAUUUUCUGGAACGCCGGUUAUCAGUCGCAAGUGACGGCUAUUGCCACCGGGACUGCUUCACAAGUUGAUGCGAAGUUUGAUCUUUAUGAGAAACAGCUCCGUCUCUGGUUGACCAAACAAUGCGGUGAUAAAAGUAUCAUUGAUGAUUUCGACGUGCUAGAAUUCCAACGAUUUGCCCACCCGGACCCCCAAGCACCAACUCAGAACCGUGGGUCUUCGUUCAUGAGAAUCUUUGCUCAAGCACAAACCAAGCAACCUCUUGUGUCGUUGAAAGAAGGAGUGGUUUUCUACGGAAUGCAACACUAUUCGGGCUAUCAUUUCAUCGUUAAUGCGUGGGCACCAAGGGAUAUCAACACUUUUUUCCCAUCAACGAUAGCUCAAGAAGAACUAGAAGAGACAGUGACUUUCAUUGGUGGAGAGACUUAUGCUGCCGAUAACCUCGUCAAGUGUGAGCCUGUGGGACCUCGGAAAAAUUACGAACCAGAAGUCUGUUUAUCAACCAUUGCUGAUAAGUUUGGUCCCACAGUCACCAGUUUCUUGUCAGAAGUGGUGCUUUCAAGAUCAGGAGACAAGGGAUCGAAUUCAAACAUUGGGUUUUUCGUUCAUGAAGAUGACGAGUUCCAAUGGCUUCGAAGCUAUUUCACCAGUGAUAAGCUUCGCGAGUUGAUCGGCGAAGACUGGAAAGAAUGGUAUCAUAUUGAACGGGUGGAAUUCCCAGGGAUUAAAGCGGUGCAUUUCGUGAUCUAUGGGAUUUUGGGCCGCGGGGUGAGCAGUAGCUCGCGGUUGGACAAUUUGGGCAAAGGGUUUGCUGAUUGGAUCACCAGUAAAGAGGUGGAAAUCCCAAAAAAGUUUGUUGAUAGAUACAAGGGAAAGAGGUAUAGUGCUGACCAGUGGAGUUGA